UUUUGUGUCAUUUCAUAAAUUACGGUCGUAACGUCAAGAAUCUGAAGAAGACAUAGCACAGGUGUCUUUUUUUGAAAUCGAACGCGUUCGUGGUGAAUUCAAAGCAAACAGAGUAUAAAUACGAAAACGAAAGUGUUGUGUUUUUUCACAAAUUAAAUUAACAAAUAAAUAAAAAAAAUAACAAAAUGAAAGCCUUUGUAGUGGCCGGUAUCUGCUUGUUCAGUGUUUUAAGUGUCGGUUUGGCCCAGUUCUCAAACGGACGCGUCUUGGAUCCACCCAAUCCCCAGUUGUGUGCCCAACGUGUUAUUCAUGAAAAGACACCCGAUGGCAAAGGUUAUUUCUUCUCGUGGCGUGACCCAGCUUUGAAGGGUGUCGAAGAAGAUUGGUUGAGUGCCAGAAACUACUGCCGCAGACGUUGCAUGGACUCUGUAUCCCUGGAAACUAGCUUGGAAAAUGAAUGGAUCAAACAACGUGUUGUCAAUGAAAAUGUGAAAUACAUCUGGACCUCUGGCCGUCUCUGUGACUUCAAGGGCUGUGAACGUCCCGACUUGCAACCCACCAACAUCAACGGCUGGUUCUGGACUGCUACUUUGCAAAAAUUGGCCCCAACCAGCGAACGCAGCCAAGGUGAUUGGUCUCCCAGCGGUGGUAUUGGCUUGCCCCAACCCGACAACCGUGAAUACAAACAAAACGGUGCUCCCGAAAACUGUUUGGCUCUCUUGAAUCAAUUCUACAACGAUGGUGUUAACUGGCACGAUGUGGCUUGUCAUCACAAGAAACCAUUCGUUUGCGAAGAAAACGAUGCCUUGUUGAAGUAUGUCCGUUAUACCAACCCUCAGUUGCGCAUUUAAGGAAAUUAUGAAGGAGUGUAGGAGUUACUCAGAAUAAAAGAACUUUUCUCUCCCUCCCACCCACUUUUAGAAACCAAAAAUAUUUAAGAAAAUGUCGCUGAAUUUUUUUAUACUCUUCGUUUUUUCUAAAUUAUUAUUUUUUUGUAUGACUAAAUUUCCUUGAACGUCUUUCUUCAACUUUGUUUCUAUUUUGUUGAGCCAAUUGCUGUACUCAGUUUUUUCUCCACUAUUUCUCUUUCAUUUUGUUUAGUUUAAUUUUAAUUUUUUGUAUUAAUUUAUGUUAAAUAAAUAAAAAAGAAUAAAAAAAUAAAAGAAAAAAUACUAAAAACUUAAAAUAAAA